UUAGCGACCGCGCAACUUGCAAAACGUGCCAAACAGCUCUCCCAAGCAAGGGUUUUAAUUCACGGAGUUAAGUUAGGAUAUUCGUGUUAAUUUGCAAGAGAUACCCUUAUUUAUGUUUUAGGUAACCGUAAAAAUGAGUUCUAGAUUAAUAGCGGGAAUUGUGGCGGGAAUCUGUGGCACGUUUUUCUUGGGUUACUGUGUGUACUUUGACCGGAAGAGACGAAGCGACCCCAUGUUUAAGCAGAAACUUCUUGAAAAACGUCGCAGAGAAAGGGAAGCACAAAAGGAAGCGUCUAUGGAGGAAAUGAAGAAUCGUGUACCAGAUAGGAAAGAUGCAGCUGCAGUUCAACAGUUUUUCUUGGAGGAAGUUCAACUGGGAGAGGAUCUUCUUGCACAAGGUGAAUUUGAGCAAGCUGUGAAACACUUGACAAAUGCUGUUGUGGUUUGUGGCCAGCCCCAACAGCUCUUACAAGUGUUUCAUUCAACUCUACCAGAACAUGUCUUUCAAAUGUUGGUCGAAAGCCUCAAUAGCAUACAAACCACGACAACGCAAAAAACUGAAGAUGGAGAUUCCCUGGAUUAAGCUCUUAAAUGCUACUGUUUGGUUUCAUUUCUGUGUGCAAAAACUUUUGAAAAAAGUAAAUAAAUAGAGGGGUGUAAGGCCUGUGUGCUGUUGGGUUUGUCUUUAACAGUUUCAACACAUUUUGGUUGGAUUGUAAGAGUGAAGGCACCUAGGCGAACUAUGUUAAUAAACAUGUUUUUUAGGA